CGCCACUACACACAUUACGGCUGUUUGUGAAAAUACGAACACGUUCUUCCUUUUCCGUUUGUAUCCGUUAUAGAGUAAAUAUGGUACAACGGUUGACAUACCGACGACGAUUGUCGUACAACACCAAAAGUAAUAGGAGACGUGUUGUACGUACUCCUGGUGGGAAGUUAGUGUAUCAAUACCUUAAAAAGCCCAAGAAAAUCCCUAAAUGUGGACAAUGUAAGGAACAAUUGAGGGGAAUUCAACCUGCAAGACCAAUGGAACGAUCAAGAAUGUGCAAACGUAAAAAGACCGUAAAACGUGUUUACGGUGGUGUACUUUGUCACAAAUGUGUUAAAGAAAGAAUUGUUCGAGCUUUUCUUAUUGAAGAACAAAAGAUCGUUGUUAAAGUAAUAAGAGCACAACAAGCAUCGACUAAAGCGAAAAAGGUUGAAAAAUAACUUGUCUCUUAUUAAAUUAAUUCUUAAUAAAUUACAUAAACACAAAAAAA